AUGCAUUUUUCCAAUUAUGGAGGCUGUCCCAAGUUUAGUCAAGGUCAUCUUCCAGAUGUUCUGUUGGCUUAUGGCUUGUGGAUCUUGCAGGCCAGUCGAGAACGACGAUUUGAUGUUGUAAGAUAUUGCUUUUUGGAUAUUUUCAGUGAGUAUCUGUCGGACUCCACCCCUGCUGUAAAUACGCAAGGUCACGUAAAAAGUCCACGGCUGACAAGAGUUCAACGCCCCUUCGACAGUUACAAGUUACCGCCUGACUUUCGACCAGACCGUUCGACCAUACUAAAGCAUGCAAGACCCAGUAAUGAACAGCUGAGAGAGGAACUAAAACUCCAAUGCGGAUUUUUAGGAUUGGGCCAGCAACAACAGCAGCGACAGCAGCAACAGCAGCGACAGCAGCAGCAACAGCAGCAGCACCAGCAACAGCAACAUAAGGUGCAGCAACAGCAACAAGUGAAUACAUCACACCUGGAACAAGAGCACCAGAAUCAAGCACAUUGGCUACAAGCACACGCGGAACAAGCACAAAAGUAUGCAAGCCUCAGUAAUGAACAGCUGAUAUCGGAAAUAAAAAAACUCAAAUGCUCAUUGAAUACACGUCGUCCUUUUUUAGGAUUGGGCCUGCAGCAACAGCAACAACAGCAGCAACAGCAGCAACAGCAGCAACAGCAGCAACAGCAGCAACAGCAGCAACAGCAGCGGCAACAGACGGUGCAGCAACAGCAACAAGUGAAUCAAUCACACCAGGAUCAAGAACAUUGGUUACAAGUACACAGGGAACAAGCACAGAGGCUACAAGUACACGGGGAACAAGCACAGAGGCAACAAGUACACGGGGAACAAGCACAGAGGCUACAAGUACACUUGGAACAAGCACAGAGGCUACAAGUACACGGGGAACAAGCACAUGGGCUACAAGUACACUUGGAACAAGCACAGAGGCUACAAGACACGAGGAACAAGCACAAAGACUGCAAGAACACGAGGAACAAGCACAGAGGCUACAAAUACAACGGCUACAGACACUCGGGAAACAAGCACAAAGGCCACAAGUACACGAGGAACAAGCACAAUGGCCACAAGUACACCAGCUACAAGUACACGGGGAACAAGCACACGAGGAACAAGCACAGAGGCUACAAGUACACCGGCUAG